CGGCCCGGCGGCCCCGGCUGCCCGCGCCCCCCGCCCCGCUCCGAGCCCCCGCACCCCCCUGCCCGCAGCCAUGCCGCGCCGCCCCUGAGCCCCGCGGCCCCGCCGCGCCCGCCCCGUCCAAGUUUGGGGAAGGUGCCGGUGCGGGGAGGGCUGUGCAGGGGUGCGGGGGGGGGGAAGGAGCGGCUCAUGCCCGUCCCGGAGCGCGGCGCUCGGAGCGAUCAGGUCCCGCUAGCGAGUCAUGAUGGUUGAAUCGGCCUCGGAGACGAUCCGCUCCACGCCCUCGGCGCAGAACGGGGUGAGCAGCCUGAGCAACCAGCCCGAUGGCCCCGGGCCCGGCCGGGACGGGGCUGCGGCGCCCGAGGCCAACGGGGAGAUGAGCCCCGUGGAGCUCCUGCACCUCCAGCAGCAGCAGGCCCUGCAGGUGGCUCGGCAGUUCCUGCUGCAGCAAGCCACGGGGCUCAGCUCCCCCGGCAGCAACGAGGGCAAGCAGCCAGCGGUGCAGGUCCCCGUGUCCGUGGCCAUGAUGUCCCCGCAGAUGAUCACGCCGCAGCAGAUGCAGCAGAUCCUGUCCCCGCCCCAGCUCCAGGCCCUGCUGCAGCAGCAGCAGGCGAUAAUGCUGCAACAGCUGCAGGAAUACUACAAGAAGCAGCAGGAGCAGCUUCACCUGCAGCUGUUGACCCAGCAGCAAGCAGGAAAGCAGCAACCCAAAGAGCCGCUGGGGAACAAGCAGCUGGCCUUCCAGCAGCAGCUCCUGCAGAUGCAGCAGCUGCAGCAGCAGCACCUGUUAAACCUGCAGCGCCAGGGGCUGGUCAGCCUCCCGCCAGGACAGGGCACGGUGCCCCUGCAGAGCCUGCCCCAAGCUGUCUGUCCCUCGGACCUCCAGCAGCUCUGGAAGGAGGUCACGGCCGCCCAGCCCGUCGAGGACAGCAUUAAGCAGGAAGGUCUCGACCUCACCACCAACACCUCCAACUCUACCUCGUUUUCGGCCGCCAAGGUCUCGCCUCCCAUUUCCCACCACCCUCUGCCCAAUGGACAGAGCACCAUGCACACGCCCAGAAGGGACAGCUCUUCCCACGAAGAGAGCCCCGGCUCCCACCCGCUCUACGGCCACGGCGAGUGCAAGUGGCCUGGCUGCGAAACCCUCUGCGAGGACCUGGGGCAGUUUGUCAAACACCUCAACACAGAACAUGCACUUGAUGACCGAAGCACGGCCCAGUGCCGAGUCCAGAUGCAAGUGGUACAGCAGCUGGAGAUACAGCUGGCCAAGGAGAGCGAGCGUCUCCAGGCAAUGAUGGCCCAUCUGCACAUGAGACCUUCAGAGCCAAAGCCUUUCAGCCAGCCUGUAAGCCUGAACCUGGUCUCCAGUGCCACCCUGUCCAAGAGCACUUCUGACACGUUUCCCGACGGUUUACCUCAUCCCCCCACCUCGGCCACGGCGCCCAUCACCCCCCUGCGGCAGGGCCCCUCCGUCAUCAGCUCCUCCACCUUGCACAGCGUGGGGCCCGUCCGCAGGAGGAACUCGGACAAGUUCUGCACCCCCAUCUCCUCAGAGCUUGCACAGAAUCACGAGUUUUACAAAAACGCCGACGUCCGGCCGCCCUUCACGUACGCCUCGCUCAUCCGGCAGGCCAUCCUGGAGACCCCCGACAGGCAGCUAACGUUGAAUGAAAUCUAUAACUGGUUCACGCGGAUGUUCGCCUACUUCCGGAGGAACACGGCCACCUGGAAGAACGCCGUGCGCCACAACCUGAGCCUGCACAAGUGCUUCGUGCGCGUGGAGAACGUCAAGGGCGCCGUGUGGACCGUGGACGAGCACGAGUACCAAAAGAGAAGGCCACCAAAGAUGACAGGGAGUCCCACCUUAGUCAAAAAUAUGAUUUCAGGACUGGGUUACGGAGCACUUAAUGCAAGUUACCAGGCUGCGCUGGCGGAGAGCAGCUUCCCCCUGCUCAACAGCCCCACCAUGAUCAACACCAGCUCGGCCAGCGCCAUGCUGCACGUGGGCCACGACGACGUCAGCAGCACCGUGGAGCAGGUCAACAGCAACGGCAGCAGCAGCCCCCGCCUGUCCCCACAGCAGUACAGCCACCCCGUGCACGUGAAGGAGGAGCCAGCCGAGGCGGAGGACGACAGCAGGCCCGUGUCACUGAUGGCCACCACCAACCAGAAUGUGACGAUCCCCGACGACAGGGACCUGGAGGAGGAGCUGCCGGUGGAAGACUUGUCCUAAGGACUCCUCCCUCCGCCCCCGCCGAGGGGCAAACCCUUCCCACCCUCCUGGACGGAGACCCGGCGACGCUCCCACCUCCCCAAGGUGACCUGGGCGUCGUCCUGGUUCUUUCAAGGCACUUCCACAACGCAAAAGGUUUUUUCCUUGGGACAAUGACAAUGACAACGACCUGUUGCUGCUGGCGUGUCCCUCACGCUGCCACUGCCCGGGGACGGACUGGCCCCGCCGCCACACGAGGAGCAAACCCCCAAGAGCUGGACAUUCCCUGCCCUCCUCCCUUGGUCAGUGACUGGUGGACGAGGAUGGCAGGUUGGUUGUUGCUGUCCGAAAUGGUCCCUGCUGCAGGGAGCCCCGGGGAGCGAUGGCAGGAGCCUGUGUCACCCCUGUGUCACCCCUGUGUCACCCCUGCUGUCACCUCUGGCUCUUGGAGCCUCCCCACGUGCAGCUCGUGGGGGAAGGAGCAGCAGGAGCGGGGCUGAGCGCUCUGCAGGGUGAGGGGUUUGUCACGGAGCUGGGAUGGACACGGAGCAGCACGGAGGGGACACGGUGUCCCCUGGUCACCUCUGCCUGGCGAGCGGCUGGCCCAGCCUCCCUGAGCCCCAGCUGGAGGGGGCUGCUGGUCCCAGCAGGGCUGACCAGCAGUGCUGAGCACCCCAGCAGUGCUGACCAUCAGUGCUGACCAUCCCCAGCAGUACUGACCAUCAGUGCUGACCAUCCCCAGUAGUACUGACCAUCCCCAGCAGUGCUGACCAUCAGUGCUGACCUCUCCCAGCAGUACUGACCACCCCAUCAGUUCUGCCCACCCCAGCACUACUGACCACCUCCAGCAGGGCUGACCACCAGUUCUGACCACCCCCAGCAGUGCUGACCAUCAGUGCUGACCUCUCCCAGCAAUACUGACCUCUCCCAGCAUUGCUGACCAUCAGUGCUGAGCACCCCCAGCAUUGCUGACCAUCAGUGCUGACCUCUCCCAGCAGUACUGACCAUUCCCAGCAGUUCUGCCCACCCCAGCAGUGCUGGCAGUGAGGACACAGCUCCCUCCCUCCUGCUGGACGUCAGUGUCACCUCCCAGCCAGCAGGGAUGGUCACUGCUCCCAUUUCCCUUCAGGGAAAAGCUCCCUGUGCCUCCCACUGCACCCCCAGAGCUGGGGCAGGGCUGUGGUGGAGCAAAGGGGACCUGGGGGUCAUCAGAGCUGGCCCUGGAGGAUCCCUGUGGUGGCCAAAUCUGGCUGUGACCCCCAAGCUGAUGGUGGGGGGGAUGGAAUUCUGCUUUUCAUCUUUUCUUUUCCUCAUCCUUUUGUUUGCGUCCAGAUGGGAAGAUACCAAAAGAUUUCUAGAGACAGAAGGUCCGUAGUUCAGGUGAACAGAUGGUAUUCGUGCCAAAAAAAAAAAAAAAAAAAAAAAAAUCACA